AACUACUUUCGCUAUUAAAGUGAAAGUGCACCCAGCAUCGCGACAUGACAACACUCAAACUGACGAUCCAUCUUCCUGAUGGCACGGAUCAGACUUUGUCUCACUCAGUUGUACGAGAUUCAGGCGACUGUGUUUCCUAUGAAAAUCUUUGUACUUCAUUCAGUAGCCUUCAGGAACAGUCAAACAAGUAUCUAUCUGUUCUAGUUGAGGAAGAGAAGAAACGUAAACCAGCGCUUGGGCAAAGCAAGGGCAAAGCUUCAACUUCAAGUUCUGAAAACGGGAAGGGCUCUGAAGAGAAUGUUGAUGGCACAGAUGAUGACGAAGAUGAUGGUAGCGAUGAUGACGAGGAGGAUGGCAAUGGGGACUGUUCUGAUAAACCACCUCCACAGAAAAAGAAAAAACAAGCUUGAUGUCAUCAUUCUCAUUACCAUUCUCGAAAAAUUCUGAUCACCAUUUAAAUUUAAAUCUAUCAUGCUCCUGUCCAGUCAUUUUUUUACUUACAUGUGUAUACGUUAUAAUGUAUGAGAACAUACAGUAUAACAAGGAUAGCUCGAAUUCAUCAGGACUGGCCUUGGUACAUGUAGUUUGAGGGAAAUCUUACAAAGAUAAAGAAGGGGAAAAAAUGGGGCCGCAGACACAGCUAGACGGAUGCAUGAUUUCGAGUCUUCUGUGUUCGACCUAUGCGUGUUAUACACAUAUGUAUGAAUGUAUUCAUGUGUGCAUGUUUGUGGAUGGGGAAGAGUGUGUACAUGAGGAUCUCCAAUAUCUCACAAUCUUCACCCUUGUGUGUGCCGUUUCUUGAUUGUAUCUUAUAGUUUUUCUUUCCAUUCAGAUACAUUGUCAUUUCCAUAAAAUUACCUUUCUCAUGUUGUUAAUAUAAUAAUGUUCUCCAAACUCCUUGUUUUAUAUAAUAAAUGUACCACUCACAUAUAGUAUAAAAUGUGUGAGUUGUUAUAUAUUGUUAAGAUCUUUUACUGUCUGCAUCUCCUUUGAAGUUUUAUGCAACUGCUUCCUAAUGAUGAUAUAGAAUAAUAGUAAUAGAUCAGUCUACUUCACC